AUGAAGGGACGUUCAAAAAAGAAAUCUGUUCACUUGUACAGUGACGGCGGCCAAUGGAUGUCUAAUUUGCCGGAAUGUCUCUGGGGCAUUCCUCUCUCUAAUUUGUCACUUCCAGGUAAAUAGCACCAGCUUUUCAGUAUCCUAUUACACUUAGAUUUGGAUUGGCUAUGCUCUGUAGCACCUGUGCACUCCCACAAAUGCAGUAUUAACAUGUGUAGACCACAUUUUGGAAAUAGUUCUGGAGUGAGCUUCUUCCUGUCAUGUUGACUGUUGUUUUGGUGCCCGACAACUCAGUCAGGGAGCAGGCCCAACGCCGAAUCUCAUCGACAAAAUCUAAUAAAUGUAAGCCAUAAUGUUGGGGUAUGUGUAAAAGGUAAAGGGACCCCUGACCAUUAGGCCCAGUCGUGACUGACACUGGGGUUGUGGCGCUCAUCUCGCUUUAUUGGCCGAGGGAGCUGGCGUACAGCUUCUGGGUCAUGUGGCCAGCAUGACUAUGCCACUUCUGGCAAACCAGAGCAGCGCACGGAAACGCCGUUUACCUUCCUGCCGGAGCGGUACCUAUUUAUCUACUUGCAUUUUGACAUGCUUUCGAACUGCUAGGUUGGCAGGAGCAGGGACCGAGCAAUGGGAGCUCACCCCGUCACGGGGAUUCGAACCGCCGACCUUCUGAUUGGCAAGUCCUAGGCUCUGUGGUUUAACCCACAGCGCCACCCGCAUCCCUUUGGGGUAUGUGUAGUUUGCCCAAAUUGUAUCAGGAGGGUGGUUAGGAAAUUCUAACUUAAAGCUUCUUGCUGAGAGGAAAGCACUAGCCAGGAAUGAUUUUCCUUUUCUGCCAGCCCUCCAGAAACAACAACCUUGGGAGGUUGCGUGAUGGCUCAGAAUCCGACAUCACAUGGAUCUUGCUUUUCAACCCAGUCUCUCAGCCUCUAAGAAACUUGAUGAAAGGGUUUGCACUGAGCUGGGAUUUGAUACCCGCUUUUCCCCACUGAUAGAUCUUUUUGCAAUUAUGUGCUUAGGGUGGGAAUUGUGUGUAAAGCCACAUGGUUUUAGAGAUGAAGUUUUGUGCAGAGGGUAAGAUUUGUCAAAUGAUUGGAAGUAGAUUGACUUUACGUUUUUAUUCCAAUAGGAAGUCAUGAUGCUAUGACUUAUUGCUUGGAUAAGGAUUCGAAAGUGAGCAUAAAUGAAUCCAAGUUGCUGCAGUUUAUGGACAAGCAUAUGCACAGCAUAGUACACCCAAUUAUUUUGAGGUGGUCUAUAACACAGGUAAGCAGUUCUCAAACUUUCUGGUUCCUAUGUCUUAUUACUGAAGCUUGCUUUUUCAACAGUUAGCGUGCUCACUCUGCUGUAAGGGCCAUAUGAGAUGUACCAUCCCACAGCUACUGCAAGGAGAAAUAGAAUAAAUGUGUCUGAUGUAUUAAAAAUGUUGAGGUUUGUGCUAAGCAACUUAACAGCACAAUCUGCUGUCUUCUGAAUACUAUUUUUUAUCUAAAGUCAAAAAAGUGUGCUACUGAGACAAUUCAGUAUUUUUCUUGUUUGCACUUUGUUUUUAACUUGACAGGUGCUGACUCUGUCAGAGCAACUGGAUGCUGGAAUAAGGUAUUUUGAUCUGAGGAUUGCUCACAAGCCUGAUGAACCUUCCAUGAAAUUGCACUUUGUUCAUAUGCUGUACACAACAGCGGUUGUAGAGGUACAGUUUUGCUUUCAUAGCACUGAAGUAUUUAUUAUUUCAUAUUAUCAUGGGAUUUAUUACCUGCCUUUCACCCUAAGGUCCCAGGGAGGACUUAAAACACAACAUCACAACACAAUUUAAAAAAGAGUUUAAGACAACUUACUGUAGUUACAUAUACAGUCAUACCUCAUGUUACAUUUGCUUCAGGUUGAGCAUUUUCAGGUUGUGUCCUGCAGCGACCUGGAAGUACCAGAACGGGUUACUUCCGGGUUUUGCUGCUUGCGCAUGCACAGACGCACAAAAUGACAUCACGCGCAUGCGCAGAAGCGGUGAAUUGCGACCUGCGCAUGCACAGACGCAGGUUGCAUUCUUUUCAGGUUGCGAACAGGCCUCCAGAACGGAUCCUGUUCGCAACCAGAGGUACCACUGUAAUGAUCUAACUCCCCUAGAUGUUGUACUCCCAACUCUCAUCAGCCUCAUCCAUUGGCUAGGGAUGAUGGAGGCUGUAGCCCAAUGUUUAGAGGGCUGCAGGUCCCCCAGCCCUGAUCUAACUACUAUUUAAGUAAUAUGGGGCAUGUGCCAGCCCCUUCCUGGUGCAGGUGAAAAAGCUGCAUGUAUGCCUCAGUGUCUCAUCUGUAACAGCCUUGUGGGGGCAUAUCCCAUUUGAGGAAGAGUAAUUCCAUCAGUUUUACACUGGCUUUUGGAACUAUCAGGUUGUGUACUGGAUCAGGCAGGUGCCAGGUAAUUUGCCUGAUUCUGCAGCCAGUGCAGAGAGUACUGACCCCUAUGAUCCUGCAAACAGUGCUGCAACUAGACAUCCCAUGCAUACUAAGCAGGACUAGUUGGUCUGGUCAUUUGCAUAUUAUACAUUAUAUUAUAUGCAUGUAUAUGUCUUGUUGACAUAUGUCUUGUUGGCAGAGAAAGCACCACAUCUGUACCAGGUGAAUCAGAAACUUCACUUAUGUGCUCCCAGGGCUUGGUAUGGGUGCUGGCUCACUACAGACCAAGGUCUGUUUGUGAGUGCAGGGAAUACGCUACCUUCCUACGGUCCAGAUCAUGGUCACUGAUGCCAUGAUUUUCAUUACAGAGUGCAAUGGAUCUGUAUUGGAAUGGAAGUUAUUGAAUGCCAUUAUGGCCUGAAAAAGAUGUUAAUUCUCCCCCCUUUUUUUGUAUCAAAUGAUCUUUAGUGUCAAAGUUCAAGGAGAUGCUCCUUCAAGUCUGUAGUGUGGAAAUAUAGAACUAAGGACUUAUUUGGAUGUUCUUCAUAUGUCCUGUUGGAAUGAAAAGGGCGCUGUUUAAGCACAUCUGUGUUUUACAUGGAUCCCGUUCAGUGGAGAUUGUCUAGAAAAAUCCAAGGUCCUUGAUGACUUUACCACAAUAUGAAAGUUUAAAACCAACAUGCAUGAUUACGAUUCUUUAUUAAAUUUAUAUCCUUCCCUUCCUCCCAAAGGAGCCCAGGAUGGCCUUGAGAACUGAAGGCAUGUUAAAGACAGAUCAGUCAAUACCCAGCUUGGGUAUUUUGUAUUCAUGCUGUAGCAAUGGCCCUGUUCAGAAGAAACCAGCUGUGCUUUAUUUCCAUUAAAAUCUACAAACUUGCCCCAUUGUUUUCGAUCUUGCUUGUGCAUGUCUCUUUUUUUCUGGAUUGGGGCUGUUGCAAUUAAUUGGCAGGAAUCUUGGUAGCCGUGAAGAUGCAGUUGACUGAUAUAUUGGCUACUGUUAUGCUGCUUUAUAAAUAUCAUAAAGAUAGAUCAAGACUAAGUUACUUUUGCUUAGCUCCCACUGAAUGGGAUUUAAGUUAAGGCACAGCUAACUUGUUAGCGUAAUGAAGCUAAUCUAACCAAAUGUGUUAUGGCUAGAAAGCGCAGCUCUCAAAAAGCUUUUUUCUCAGGUGUCCACCAUUUCAAUAAGACCCAAAACUUAGACUUACUAAAGAUUCAGCAAUGACCAUGUUGACUCAGGUAUAACAUAGCAAUUCCCUGUGAUGUCUGGCUGGCAUAUUUUAAUCUGUUUGAAGAUUAUUAGGAUUCCACAGCAGGCUAAGCAACAAUUACAGCAGACAAACAUUACAAACCCUAAGUGUUCAAAAUAUGAAUCAGCUUCUCAGAAUUGCCUGACUGGCUUUGCAAAGCAUGAAUUAAAACACACUUCUGCUUCUCUUUUAUUGGCCUUCUAGUUUCCAUGAGGUUGGAACAGAUUGUUUUUCAAAAUACUGAGAUCCUGGUGUACCUAGAUUUCCAAGAAUAAUAGAUAUGCACACUGUGGUUCAAAACAAACUCUGGUCAGUUUUAGAACAAACCAACUUCAAGCCACAGUGUCUGAAGCUAACAAGUUUGCUUUAUGUGACAAUCUCUGGUCCAAAUUCCUUCUCCUGGCUGUCCAGAAGGAAAACAAAGAAUGUGUGAGGCCAAGACUUGUGGCUGCUUCCUGGUGUGUGUAGUGCUAAAACAUGGUUUACCAAUUAAGUGAGAACUAGACAAUUGUGUUUGCUAGAUAUUUGGGUGCACUGGCUUUUAUAGAGAUUUCUGUACGCACAGAGGCUUCCUCUGUGUUUUCUUUCUUUUUUUAAUGAGCCAGGGAGCACACCACAUGGACAGAAAAGGAAUUCUGGUGCAUACAGCCUUUCCCUUCCAUGUAGAGGAGAGGUGGGAAAACCACAGCUUGAGGACAGCAUGCAGCCUCCAGCCUUGCCCAAUGUGGUCCUGACACCUCUCCCCAGAAUAUCCUGUAGCUCACUUUGAUCAAGUGCCGCCCAGCAUGGAAGGAAAAGCAAGUUGCAAGUGGAGAAAAAUAUUGAUUUCUGUCUUUGUGGCUCACUUUCCUUCCCAGUUAGGCCGGAGAAAAAGAAGUCUGUGUAGAUGGGUACACUCAAGAAUCUUUGGAUCACACCUUAUGUAUCUAAUUAAUCAGAUCCUUUUUUUUAAUUAUUAAAUCAAAUGGCCCAUUAAUUCUGCCUACUAUGUGAUGAAUGUUCUGGGGUUGUUGUUUUUUUUGUAUUGUAUUUGAUCUGUGGUUAACUUUAGGUUCCUAAUUAGAACACUGCCAUAUUUAUUGGAAAAUAAUGAUUGAGCAACCCACCCCUAAGUUGAUUGCUCUGUUAUGUGUGCCAAAUGGAUUUGAUGUCAAUAGGAUUUGAGACUAUGCAACAGAUGUUAAUAUGAGCCUUUUAAACCAAAAGGUCUUCUGAGCUAGGAUACCUCUUCUGUUUUGGUUUGUGGUUUUGUUUUGUUUUUUGGCAUGUGCAAUGUAGGAACUUCAACUUAAUCAUACAUGACAGGUGGCCAUCCGACCUCUGCUUAAAAACCUCCACCUCUCGUGGGAGUCUGUUCCACUGUUGAACAACUCUUCCUGUCAGACAGUAAUGCAGACAGGGCAGAAAUACUCUGCUGUGUCAUAAGGACAGGUUACUUGCCACUUAGACUUGAAAAUUAAAGUCGAGAUUUUCAAGAUCCCACAAUUUAGUCAAGAUUAUUCUAUAGUUGCAAUUACAUCAAGUGGUUGUGUUUUUUUUUAGCUGUCUCUACUGUAGACAAGGUAAAGGUAAAGGACCCCUGGGCAGUUAAGUCCUGUCAAAGGCGACUAUGGGGUGCGGUGCUCAUCUCGCUUUACAGGCCGAGGGAGCCAGCGUUUGUCCACAGACAGCUUUCCGGGUCAUGUGGACAGCAUGACUAAACCGCUUAUGGCACAAUGGAACAUUGUAGCAGAAGUCAGAGCGGAUGGAAAUGCUGUUCACCUUCCCACCACAGUGGUGCCUAUUUAUCUACUUGCGCUGGUAUAUUUUCGAACUGCUAGGUUGGCAGAAGCUGGGACAGAGCAACAGGAGCUCAAACCCGUCACGUGGAUUCAAACCGCCAACCUUCUGAUCGGCAAACCCACAUCCCUGCAUACUGUAGAUAAUAUACUCAGCUUGCGUUAGCUAACAUAUGUCAAACAGGAAAUGUGUAAAAAAAAUUCCAAUCCUGCACAAUUAACAUCACUGUAUCUGUAGUAUGCAACUUAAUGUCACUUGCGAAAUUCAUCAAUUACAGGUUCCUGUUUGUUUCAGUUUCCUCGUAGCACUUAGCAGCUAUUUAUUUUACUUGUUUCGUGUUGGCUUUUGCAGGAUGUCCUGUGGGAUAUUUUACGAUGGUUAAGAAACCACCCCUGGGAGGUUGUCGUUCUAGCUUUCAGAAAUUUUGAUGGAUUAGAUGAGGACCAUCACCGCCAUUUGGUCUCCCGUACAAAGGAAAUCUUCAGUGGCAAACUGUGUCCUAGAAAUGUAAGUUGCUUGGAAUGUUUGGUUGUGAAGUUUCAAGAUUGUAGAAGCCUUAUUCACACUGGCCUGUUCAGGAUGAUACACUGAAAUAAAUAGGAUUGCUCAUGUACAUAUCCUCGAACUAUGCUCUAAUUGAAGGAGAUUCUGUACAUAUUAAUAUCAAUACCCACAUCCUUUUUGGUCAAUAGGAUUUCAAAAGAUGCACUGUGAUUCAAUGGCAAUAGUUUAGUGUUUAAUUUCUUAAAAUGAAAAAAGAAGAAGUGUUGAGACUUGAGGCGCACUAUCCAGUUGGUGGAUACAGACUGAAAAUGGAAAGGAACUCUUUGUCUGCUAACAUUUUUCCACGACUCUUUGUCUGCUAACAUUUUUGAAAAGAUUCCAGAGCGCAACCUUAGCACAAAUUAAAUUAUGUUUUGCUAUUACUGACAUUACUAAGAUGUUAAAUGUUUCGGCAUGUAAACAUGUUGACGUAGUUAAUUCCUUAAGGUGUGCUACAUUAAAAAAAGAAAGAAGCUGCAAAACAAUAAUGGCAGCUUACAUGGUUGCAUCUAAUUAAGUUCUACCCUGCAUAGACCCAUUGAAAGUGAUGGACCUAAUUUUGUCAUGUGGCUUAAUUUCAAUGAGCCUGCGAGUAAAACACCGGAUACAAGGCCUAAUCUACCCUCCCAAAAUGAGCACCAAUCCUCUCCUGGCUGAAGUAAGCUUUCUCCAGGUUUGGUGGGGGUGUUCAGUGUCUGGUCAAAUGUAAAACAUAUCACUGAAUAGUUGCUCCAUUGAUAGCAAUGGGAUUUACUCGCAGGCAGUACCACAGACAAUUCUGUAGCCUGCUCCACAUGGGUGUAUGGAUAAUGAAUUGGAGGUGCCAACUUGAAUAAAAUAUGGGGGCGGGGGAAGAGGCAGGUAAGCCCUGCCCUACAUAAUGCAGCACAUUUACACUAUUUGCAUACCAAUGCCCAUUAACUUUGGACCCCCCUUCAAAUAUUUUACUGGGGUGGAGGGUGCUGAAGGGACCCCAGUCCCUAGGAGUUAGCUUCUGUAUAGUGAAUUGUGCUGUGAUUUUUUUUUUUAAAUGUACUUACGUAGGAAAGAAAGGUCCUUUGGUUUUUGAAUAGACUGCAGUCCUAAGCUAGUGGAUGGGCAUCAAACUAGCAAUGGUUAUAUUAAAAGUACAUAGUCCAUGGAAGGGGGUGGAGGAAGAGAGUCUCCAUGAAUUCAGUGGCCUUAUCCUCAAAAGUGUCUUGCAAUCCACUUGCAGCCGUCUUACUGUCAUAUAUUUUGCUAUACAAUUAGGGAACGACAGGAAGUAUGACUUGGAACUUGAGGUUCCACAGAGCUUGCCUUGAACUUGAUCCUCAUCCUUCCUAUUGAGCAACAUGAAUUCAGUAUGUUGACUUCCCUUAUCUUUCAGGUCACUCCGACCCUACGGAGCAUGUGGUCCUCUGGCUACCAGGUUAUUGUGUCCUAUGACGAUCCAGGACAAGUGACAAAGCACUGUGAGUUGUGGCCUGCGAUUCCCUACUGGUGGGGAAAUAAAACAACAGCGGCAGAGCUUAUCCGUUACAUGGAGAUGAGGAAACAGAAUGGUCGCCCAGGUAAUUGCUGCAUUUUGAUUUCCCAAACGGCCAGCUGGCUGGGGCUGAUGGGAGUUGGAAUCCGAAUUCUGCAGAUAGGAGGCGGAGUGCUUGGGUCCAGGAGAAAGGGUAACUUACAACUGAGCAGAAUUGCUCGUUGGCAGGCAACUUAUUUUCUCUUCUGAGAAGCAAGAUGUGCUCAUCCGUGUCAGUUCUGCUCUUAAGUGCCCAUCUCUGGUGCUUGAAAUGAAAAUCUAGAAAAAAAUGAAGAUCAACUGCUGAGUUAAGAGCCAUAGUCUGUACUCAGCUGCACUGUAGGGCACAUCCCCAUACCUUUCAAAUUUGUGUUUUAGUCCACGGAACUAAUCUCUUCUUUUUUAGCUGGGUGGCCUUUUAGGAUGAUUUUAUGCUCCUUGUGUUGGUUUUAUGUGGAUUUUAUAUUGAGGGUUUUGUUUUGCUUUUCAUCAGAUACAGUAAAAAAAAUCCUCUAAAUUUUGUGAACUACGCAGAUAUGUGGUCAAUGGGGUGGUCUACUAGAUGGAUAAAUAAAUGGCAAAAGUAAUAUCUGGCUUGCUCUCUGUGGUUUGUGAAUGCAGCAGAACCAACAUAGUGGUAGAAAGGGAGCAAGUCUGCUCUUCCUUGCUUAAAUAAAUAACGACACGCUAUGCUGGUGCAGAAAACACAUAUCUAAAAGGGGAUAAAAUCACAGGAAUUUCAGCUAGCAAUUCUCUUUUUUCUUUUUUCCCUACAGCGGGAUUAUUUGUUGCAGGAAUCAACCUCACUGGAGAUUUAGGUUAUAUUCUUGCACAUCUACGUGGAUCUGUUAAGAAAAUGACUCUUCCUGCCCUUCCAUUCUUAAAUCAGUGGGUUAAAAAACAGCGUCCUGGAUCCAAGAAAGACUGUAUCAACAUAAUUGCUGGAGACUUCAUAGAAAAAAAUAACUUUGUGGAAAACGUGAUAGGCCUUAAUAGAAAAUUUUUAAAAUAG